AUGUCGGCGUUAGAUUCAAGCGAGGAAAAUCUUGAAAUUGUAGAAGAAAGUUUAUCCGACUUUGCCAUCAAUACCAUACUCCACAAUGGCUACGACGUCAACACUCUGAAGCUGAUUCAAAGAGUAGAAAUCGAGGCUUUGCUCCCGCCACCACAUUUGUCUGAUCGGACAAAACUCAUCGAAGGUCUGAAUGAAUGGCGGAUCUCACUGGGCCUCAAUCCAUUGAACUUCAACAGACAAGGCUGUUCCGUCUGUGGUGAUAACAUACUUGCGGAACAGAACAGGCAGCCUUCAAUCUCAACAUUCGGUGGCAAAAAACGCCACGAGUGGUCUGCAGCUUCUCUCAUUGAGCGGUCAUCAAGAGGUCGCAAUAUAAUAAAGGAAUACAACGAAAAAAGAGCAUUAACUAAAAGGGACAGGGUUUUUGUAACCCAUUUAGUCAUCGAUGAGUUUGUAUCAGAGUAUGGGAAGCUGUCAAAGGCUGAACUCCGAUCUAGAGCAUCCGAAUUGAAACUAAUUUUUCCUGCUGUUGACCAGAAUAUAUCAUCGGGUGUAUAACAGCUGUCACUGAUCCAAACGUUCAAGUUCCGGAACCCAGCAACA